AUGCCGGCAGUGAAGCCUCCUGCUCGCGGAUCCGGGUCCAUCUUUACUGCCGGACGGGACUUGCGGACAUUUACUGCUUUUGGAAUUCUUGGCUUUGCGAAUACGCUUCUUCCGUACAUCAUCUUUUCUAGCCUUUAUCUCAUUGUGCCCUUUUCUCUGCCUGUUGUCUUGCUGAUAGAGUUGCUUCCUGCUAUUGCGGUUAAGCUGCUCGUUCCACACAUCUUGCAUUACACGCCGCACUGGGUUUGGCCGGCUUUGCUUUCGAUUUGCUGGAUCUUGGCUACUAUCGCUGCCAAUGCCGCGCCUCCAAACGUUAUUGCCCCUGUCCGAACUCUGAUUGCUAUACUCGCCUCGGCGAAUACUGCGGUUGCUGAGGUCUUCUUCCUGAGCCAGCUAUCCAAUUACGGCAAGACGGCUCUGGCAGGAUGGGGAACUGGGUCCGCAGCUGGCGGUGCAUUGCACGCCGUACUGCCAACAAUAUUAACGAUACACAUGGGCCUUAUGAUGCGUAAUGCUACGAGAUAUGUCUACUAUUUGCUAGUGGCCAUGGUAUCUGCCUAUUUCCUGGUGCUGCCUCCUCCUAUGCUGGACACUAUGGCAGUCAAUGAAUUGGCCGGGGAAGAAGAAGAUACCAUCGAGAUGGAAAGUCCUAAAUCCUCCUUGCUCACUGCGGAAAAUCGCUCCCCAACGAUUGGCUUCCGGGAGCGCAUUCAUCGCAACAUACAGCUGAUGAGCGGCAAGCUCCUUCGACUGUGUAUAGAUCCUCUUCUUCUUGUUACUGCAGUACAGGCCCUCGCAUCAACAGGAACACCUCGUGCCAGUCGCAAACUACGGAGUUUCUCAGGGUACCAAUCUUUUUCAGCUACAUACGGUCUGGCAUUCAAGAUUGGAGAUGUUAUUGCUCGUUCAACCGCCCUGUUGUUCCGAAGCAGAAGACCGAGACUUAUCUUCGCUUUGUUGGUGGUGUGUUGUCUGGUUGCCAUUCUCAACACAUCACUUAUGCUGAGUGCAAACAAAUACGUUGUACUUGGCCUUAUAACUUCCAUUGGUUGGCUUAGUGGAAUGAUGUAUAUGCAUAUAUAUAAUGCCGCAAUGGAGUAUCUGAGCAGGAAUCCAGACGACGACGCAGAAUUUGCACUUGGAAGCAUUGGAGUGGGAGAGACAGUGGGAAUGUUGAUUGGAUCCCUUGCUGCUGUCACAUUUGAAUCCCAACUUUGUGGACUAGCCAGUCAAAAGGGACGGUGGUGUUCCAAUAUCACAUAG